AUGGAACGAUAUUCUGGUCCCCAUGACUUACAAGGAAUUUUAUCGAAAUAUAAAGAUAAGGGUGUAACUAGAGAUGAUGUUGAGAGAGCAAAUCCUGGAGUCGUACUUUCGGUUACAACAGGACUAGAAAUAUUUAUACCUUAUAAAUGUCCUCCAAUUAUGAAAAAAGAAGAAAAAUUCUAUAUGGAUUCAUCGUUCUUUAAAUCACCCGCGAUUCGUCGUAAUGGAUCAUUGCUUCUCAGCUUCUGCUACAUGGAUUUAUUUAGAAGACAAGAUCCAAAGAGAUGUGAAGAAUUCUUCAACUAUCAUAGAGGUUUUGACAAAAAUGCUAACUUGAUAGACUGGAAACAAGCUGCUAAUGCAGCUGUAAUUCGUCAAUUAACAGAAAGACCUACAAGUAGCUAUGAUAUUUACUAUGAAUUAAGGAGAUAUAAUUUAAACGGUAAGAUUCAUUAUGCUGUAUUGGAUUCUAAAGGACAUUUUUAUGAUCCUGGCCGAAAUGUUGUUACUGUAUUUGAUGCUCCAGAUGAAAUCAGAUAUUUUGAAGAGGAUUAG